AUGGCCACAGCCCAGGACUCCUCCUCCCUGAGCCUCUCCCUAGCUGGGCAGCUGCUUUGCAUCAUGGGGGCCGUUUCGGAGGACAUCCCCUCUUUCAGAGGGGCGACACCGGUGAGCGCCCUGGCCCGGCUCUGGGGCGACGAGCCACGCAGGGAGGAGCCGUCCCGAGCCGCAGCCGCAGCAGCUGCAGCCUCUCAUCUCUGCCUCUGCGGCGGUGCCCAGCGGCCCAAACCUGGCAGCUCGAGCCCGAGCGGCGACACAGGCGGGGAGAAGAGGAGAGGCGGAGCGCCACGGCGCCACGGCGCCUCCGUGAAGCUUCGCUCCAAAGGCAUCGUGGAAUCGUCGUUCGCUGUCUCCUCAGAGGUGGGCGGUGGGCGGGCGCAGGACACCGCCCCGGCCACGGACACUCCGCGGACCCGGUUUCAGGAGUCGCCGUCCCCGCGCGAGUCGCGGCGGCAUCGGAGCAUCAGGCCUUCCAUGACUCCCUCGAGGAUGGGAUUCCCGGAUCCCACGAGUCCUCCGGCGGACUACCGUGCGGUUCGGCAGACCUCCAUGUCUCCACCUCGAGCUGCCUCCCGGCAGACUGUCGUCCCUCCUCCCAAGGAGGACGAGGACCUUAUCCACCAGCAUGUCUUGUACAUCCUCAAGAAGAAUCCGGACGUGUCCAAGUCACGCAAGGUGCAGCAGGUCACGCCAGGGGUGUACCUCCUGGACGGCCACGAGGUGAACAUCGAGUGGAGGCACUCCCGGGAGCCUGGAAAGCGAGGCUGUCCUGUGGUGGUGGACGGCCCCAUGCGCCAGCCGCUCAUCGAUUACCUGAGAUUCAGUGAGGAGAACAAGGAAUACGACACGGAGACGGUGGCUUGCACCACGUCCUUGCAUCAGGUUCCGAAAGACAAGCGGAUGACCUUUGACGACAGGCACAAGCAGUACAGCCGGCUCGAAGCCAUGAAGGUGGCGAAGGAGCAGGCCUGCAUCCGGGAGCAAGCUGCGGACUGCCUGCUGGACGGCAAGCAGGUGCCUGACGACCUCGUCAGGCGCUACAACAAGGCAUUGCGGUCCAAGAUUCGCUCGCGAGAGAAGGACGGCUCAGGUCCAGAGCGACGGGAGACCCUGGUGCCGUCUCCAGCGGGCACACCAACGCCAGCAACACCGGCAACACCGGUAGCGCCAGCAGCGGCGCCAGCAGCGGCGCCAGCAGCGGCGCCAGCAGCGGCAGCAGCACCGAAAGUACCGGUGAGGAUACCGGAGCUGCCCAGGCUACCGGAGAGGGCGCUUCCUCCCGUGGUCCAGGCGCUGCCUUGUUCCCAUCCCUCGCGGCAGCCCUCUCCGGCUGCGAUGCGCAUGGCUGCGCAGGCCAUGGCUGGAAGCCUUCAGGCGCCUCCGAGAAGCGGCACGCCGCGGUCGCCGAUGGCGGCAGAAGUCCUGGCGCCUUUCCCUGCAGUCGCCAUGUCCCAGCGCGGGAUUUCCCUGAAUGGCCUGCCACCCUUUGGCCCCGUCGCCACCGCCAGCGCCGCGAGCACCGCGACCGCAACUGCGGCCCCGGCGGUGCCCGUGACGGGCAGGGCCCUGACCCGGGUCGCACGCAGCUGGAGUGGCUCCUCUGUCACUUCUCUGCCAUACCGGGAGCCCAGCGUCUCGCGCAUCCCUACCCGACCCACUGCGCAGGUGGUGACUGCUGCGCCCAUCACGGUGGCCGCGUGCCAAUCGUCCAGCCUGCCGUCGGCCAUGCCAACAUAG